AUGUGCUCUACUACCCAUUCCGAUAAUGGGUUAUGGCGGGAAUUACCACCAGUCGCCCUGUCUUCGCAUGACGCAUCUACCGAUGCGCUCUUCUAUUCCAUGCUUGCGAUCUCAGGCCAUCAUCGCUGGGGCCCCAGUGUCGCGAAUCCUUUUAGAACAAAAGCAGUCGAAGCACUUACACGGUCACUCACGCACACAAAUAGUUGUGCUCAAAACAGUACACCAUCGCAACUGGCAGCAGUCAUGAUGAUGUGCAUGCAUAGCGUUUUCGAUGUUAAUGAGGGCCACUUCUACAUUCACUUGGAAGGGGCCAGGCGGGUCUUACACAAUUUGAGCUCAGACUACAAGCAGAACAAGAUCACCAAGUUUUUAUCUGUUUGGCUGAUGUACUAUGAUAUACUUGACAACUUUGCUCACCCACUACGGAAGACGCAAAGUCCACUUGACCAUAACCUUUCAUUCGAUAAUUCAUCAACCAUCAUAGGCCUCUUGGGCUGCUCGCCGGGUGUUUUCAGUGUUAUCCACCGUAUCAAUGUACUUCGUGCGGAUAUCCUCCUACAGCACAAUGAUAUACACGCAGUUGCUGAAGCAAGUCAGCAGCGGUCCAGGUUAGAAGCAAUGCUUUUAUUUUCCGAGCAGCGCCUGAGCCCCGACGAAACUAACUGCCUGGUACACCCCAGCUCGGUGGAAGCUUUAGCCAAAGCGGAACUGUAUCGGCUAGCUGCUCUGCUAUACCUCCAGCGUGUAGUGCCAGUAGACGGAGAUGAGGAACGUAGAACAGUGUACUUGCAGCAGGCACUUUCUAUAUUGAUAGGACUUUCAGUUGCAUCGAGUCCUUGGCCCUGUUUUAUUAUAGCUUGCGAAGUAAAACUGGAAGAGCAGCGAUUGCAGAUUCUUGAAGUUCUCAACAAAAUGGACACGGUACGAAAGGUCGGAAAUAUGCCCGUUACUCGUACUAUUGUCGAAACUGUUUGGAAGCAGCAAGACCUCCGAGUUGGGACGGAACGGGCUAGUUGGUGGUCUUGUCCGAGUUUCGAUUUGUCAGUUCCUUGGUUCGCAUAA